AAAUUAAUUUCAACGGCUUCAACAAUAAUUAUCAUUUAUUAUAUAUUUUUAUUUGACCAAUAAUAUUUUUUUUUUCAUAGACUGACAUAACGUUGUUUGUCGAACAAUGAACGGUGCAUUGUGAAUAUUGUGUAGCAAACGCAAACGCAAACGACAUUUUGUUAUUUUUACAUUGUAAUGCCAUGCAAUUACGCAUCGUGUCGUACGCGUAAAUAGUAAUAAAGGGUUGGUGGCGUGCUGGGGACGCGUAUUUUCGCACAAUGAUACAGAUAUAAAGUAAAUAGUAGGUAUACGUAGGCAAUUGUGUGUUGAGAUUUCAGUGAUGUAUCAUUGUACGGACGCGUAGUAGGCUCUGAAAGUGUUACGGGUAGCGGAUUGGCGGGUGUUGGCGUAUUUUCGUGGUGGUUUCGCGUAUUGUGAGGCAGGAUGGCGAUGCCGGAGCAGUUUUCGCUUCGCUGGAACGAUUUCCACUCGAACCUAUCGCAGUCUUUUCACGCGCUGCUGGAGGGCGAGGACCUGGUGGACGUGACGCUGGCGGCGGGCGGUCAGUACGUGCACGCGCACAAGCUGAUCCUCUCCGUGUGCAGCCCCUACUUCAAGGAGCUGUUCAAGAUGAAUCCAUGCGAGCAUCCGAUCGUGAUUCUGAAGGACGUAGCGCACCAGGAGCUGCGGCAGCUGCUGCAGUUUAUGUACCGCGGCGAGGUACACGUGCGCCAGCAGGAGCUCUCUGGGUUCCUGCACACCGCCGAACUGCUGCAGGUCAAAGGACUCACUGGUGGAAGGGAGAAGAGCGAGUCACCGCCACCGAUGGAGGAGCAUUCGAUGCCGAAGCCGGAGCCCUCUAACGACAGCCAGGGGGAGUGGGUGCCGGGCGGUGUGGACACCAUCGCUACAGAGACCCUGGCCGACACAUCGGACAACAGUGGCAAAGAGGAGGCGGCCAGGAGUCCGCUGAAAAGGUUACUGAAAAACACACCGAACAAAAACAUCUACGUGAAGAAAAAGCCGCGGCCUGUCAACGACAGCCCCACGCAUCCUGAGAACUCGGAAUUUCCUUACGAUGGCGAACCCCUGAUUGACUUCGACAACGACCUGUUCCACAACGUGUUGGUACUACCUGAAACCAAAGAGUCCGGCUGGAACUGCAAGACCGGCGGCGUGAAAUGCCCGAACUGUCAUCGGUUCUUCGCGAACCGGUACAACCUGAAGGUGCACAUCCGCGACAAGCAUGACACGCGCGAAGGCACGCUGCAGUGCGACAUCUGCCAGAAGCGCAUGCGCAACCCGUCGUGCCUGCGCGUGCACAUGUACCACCACCGCAAACAGGCCGCGUAUUUGGCACAGGUCACUACGCAGGGCGAUCAGAUGAGCGUACAAAACAUGGUUGGAUCAAAAUGGCGCAACGACCCGACACUCACGAGCGAUUACAGGGACUUUGACAGUUGUCCACGCUCGUCGACGCCUGGCCCGAAGCCGAACGCGAACGCGACGGGCGAUGUGAAGCACCAGCCGCCGAACGCGGACUCGACGCCGAAGACCGAAGCCGACGCCGAAUCGGUGUGAACGGCGCCACCUUACACUCAAGUCACAGUACGCGGUACAAACUGUACAUACGACAAGGUACACACAGGAUCCGUCUAGAUUUAAACGUCGUUCACACGCCGUUAAGACCUACGUACGAAAUUAAUACUUAGAAAUUAUAUUCUCUAAUAGAAGGUUAUAGGCAACCUGUCAGAUAGCAAAAUUUGACAACCCUAUUUACAAAGGAAAAAAUAUUUCAAGUAUUUUUGCUUGACUAUGAUGAAAGGAGUUCAAACAUCUUUAUUUUCUUACAUGUUACCAAUUGAUUACAAUUCUAAUCACACCUUACAAUACUUAGAUUGAGUAAUACAAAGAUGGGCAUUACUUAAACAAUGCUGUUGUAAAGCGCAAAGUAUACAUAUGUCUUUUUCAAAUAUGUUAAAGAGGGACCAAAUUCAGCCGUAACUAUUUUUAGGGCCCACAGACUUUAUAUUAUAGUGAUAACUAGGUUUUGCGCGGUUUCGCCCGCAUGAAUAAAAUUUUCCUCUACAUUCCUCUGUCCAUAGCAGCAUCUGUAUAUCACUAAUUCAUAUAUCGAAUUAAAAACAAAAUAUUUCACACUUGGGAUUUACACAAAUAUUUUGCGUUUACUUCAAACAAACAUCCAAACAUUCACAUUUAUAAUGUUAGUAAGAUUCGUAAAUUGCUAAUUAAAUGAUAUAAUAAUAAUAAUAUCAGCCCUGUAUUAUAUACUUGCCCACUGCUGAGCACGGGCCUC